CCGGCGGCAGAGCGGGCGGGGACACUCCGGACUCCGAAGUGACGCGGCAGCAGCUUCCUCCGGCCGUGUGUCAUUUACCCAGCCCCGUGAUUCAUCUCCUCGGCCGCUAAAAACCUCCAGCUACUCCGGAGCCGCUACCCAUCACUCGCGGUGGGACUGGUCUAAGCGGUCCCCCCCAGCCCAGGGCUCAGAGAAGAUGGGACAACUCUCUGUGACACUUGGGGUCCUCCUGCUCUGCGCUACUGGAAGCUGGGGGGGCAACAUCUGCACCACCCGUGGGGUGAACUCCUGCAAGCAGUGCCUGGCUGUCAGUCCCCUCUGUGCCUGGUGCUCUGCUGAGGUCUGGGUACAGUCAACCCCUCGCUGUGACCUACACGCCAACCUCCUGCACAAUGGCUGCGGACAGGACCGCAUCGAGUUCCCCAGCAGCAGUGUCACCAUCCUGGAGGACCGGCCCCUCAGCAACAAGGGCUCGGGGGGGUCCACCACCACCCAGAUGAGCCCCCAGAGAAUACAGCUGAACCUGCGGCCAGAUGACUCCCAGGUCUUUCAUGUCCAAGUACGUCAAGUGGAAGAUUACCCUGUGGACAUCUAUUACCUGAUGGACCUGUCCAACUCAAUGAAGGACGACCUGAGGAACAUCCAGAACCUGGGCACAAAACUGGCCAGUGAGAUGCGUAAGCUCACCAGCAACCUACGCAUCGGCUUCGGGGCCUUUGUGGACAAACCCAUUUCCCCCUACAUGUACAUAUCUCCUCCAGAAGCCAUCAAGAACCCUUGCUAUGAGAUCGGGGAAACCUGCCUGCCCAUGUUUGGGUACAAGCAUGUCCUGUCACUCACGGAUGAGGUGACUCGCUUCAACGAGGAGGUGCGGAAGCAGAGCGUCUCCCGGAACCGCGACGCACCUGAGGGCGGCUUUGAUGCCAUCAUCCAGGCCACUGUGUGCGAUGAAAAAAUUGGCUGGAGGAAUGAUGCUUCCCACCUGCUCGUCUUCACCACGGACGCAAAGACCCACAUUGCGCUGGACGGGCGGCUGGCUGGCAUCGUGCAGCCCAAUGAUGCCCAGUGCCACAUUGACAAGGACAAUUUCUACUCUGCCACCACCACACUGGACUAUCCCUCUCUGGGCCUGAUGACUGAGAAACUCUCACAGAAGAACAUCAACUUGAUCUUUGCUGUGACAGAUACGGUUGUUGGCCUCUACCAGAACUACAGCGAGCUGAUCCCAGGCACAACUGUGGGCACCUUGUCCAGAGACUCCAGCAAUGUCCUGCAGCUCAUAGUGGACUCCUACGGGAAAAUCCGCUCCAAAGUGGAGCUGGAGGUGCGUGACCUCCCUGAAGAGCUGUCCCUGGCCUUCAAUGCCACCUGCCUUAAUGAUGAAGUCAUCCCUGGGCUCAAGUCUUGCAUGGGGCUCAAGAUCGGGGACACGGUGAGCUUCAGCAUCGAGGCCAAAGUGCGGGGCUGUCCCCAGGAGCAGCAGAAAUCCUUCACCAUCAAACCUGUGGGCUUCAAGGACAGCCUGACAGUGGUGGUGAACUUCAACUGUGAGUGCUCCUGUGAGAGCCAUGCCGAGGCCAACAGCCUGUCCUGCAGCCACGGCAAUGGCACGCUGGAGUGUGGCGUGUGCCGCUGCAACCCCGGGCGCCUGGGCUCACACUGCGAGUGCUCAGAGGAGGAGUACAACCCUUCACAGCAGGACAACUGCAGCCCCCGGCCAGGCCAGCCCCUGUGCAGCCAGCGUGGCGAGUGCAUCUGCGGGCAGUGCGUGUGCCACAGCAGCGACUUUGGGAAGGUGACGGGCAAGUACUGCGAGUGCGACGACUUUUCCUGUGUUCGCUUCAAGGGCCAGAUGUGCUCAGGCCACGGGCAGUGCAGCUGUGGGGACUGUCUGUGCAACUCAGACUGGACAGGCGACUACUGCAACUGCACCACGCGCACUGACACCUGCAUGUCCAGCAAUGGGCUGGUGUGCAGUGGCCACGGCUCCUGCAUAUGUGGCCGCUGCGAGUGCACCCAGCCUGGUUCCUAUGGAGACACCUGUGAGAAGUGCCCCACCUGCCCGGACGCCUGCACCAUCAAAAAGGAUUGCGUGGAAUGCAAGAAGUUUGAGCGGGGAAAGCUAGUGGAGCAGCAGUCCUGCAGCCGCAUGUGCCGUGACGAGAUUGAGACGGUGCAGGAACUGAGUGACAGGGGCAAGGAUGCCGUGAACUGCACCUAUAAGGACGAGAAUGACUGUGUGAUGAGGUUCCAGUACUACGAGGACUCCAGUGGCAAGUCCAUUCUCUACGUCAUUGAGGAGCCUGACUGUCCAAAGGGGCCAGAUGUCCUGGUGGUCCUGCUCUCGGUGACAGGCGCCAUCCUGCUCAUCGGCCUCGCUGCUCUGCUCAUCUGGAAGCUACUCAUCACCAUCCACGAUCGCCGUGAGUUCGCCCGUUUUGAGGAGGAGAAGGCCAGAGCCAAGUGGGACACGACCCAUAACCCUUUAUAUAAAGAAGCCACAUCUACCUUCACCAACAUCACAUACCGUGGGAACAUGUAAAGAUGCCACAUCCAGCACUGGCCAUGGGAUCAGCUGAGGAUCCAUGGGAUCUCCUGGAACCCAGUUUACAGAACAGCUUGUUUGUGUCUGCCUGUGUGAAUGACUGCAUGUAAUUUAACAAGGCCCUGACUGCCUCCAACCCCUGUUGCCUGUCACCCCACUGUAACUGCAGGGACAUACUUUCCAUGGCAAACCUCAGUCCUUACCUCAGCGGGUCACUCACAGAGCCAGUGGCCCCUCCAUACACUGAACACAGAGAAAUGGGAUGACUUCUGCCAGUCUGUGAACUCAUCGGUGCUCAUCAGGCCAACGGCAUUUCAGGUGCAGCUUCUUGAACCACAUGCUGAGUUGUGCUUUCCUCCACAGCCUGUGCUGGUGAAGCUCUCCCCACUUGGAGUCCCCUUCUGCACUGGCCUCAGUCCCUCUGGGCUCAGGGACUUUCUCCUUUGGGACAGGGCAGCUGCCAGCAGGCAGGACCCAUCACUGGCUUUGGGGGUUCAGGACACUGCUUGAACAGUCCAGCAACUCCUUUCUUCUUGCAGCCAUAUGUCACUGGUGCUGUUGUGACCCAGGGGCGUAAAAAGCUGUGCCCCACAUAACAGUGCUCUCCCUCACAUCCUCCAGUGCAUUCAGUCUAUACCAUCUGCCAACUCCAUGUAACAUCAGCUGUGCUGGUACCAGCUGCAGCCUGGCUCAGCCCCUGGGAUGGUGCUGAGCUCCUUCUGUCCACCUCCACUGUUCCCAUGCCACAGCGCACAUGGAUGUGGAAGCACCUGCUUCAGGAGGGUCAUGACACUUGAUACCUUGAGGCUGGCCAUCUCUCUGCCCUUUCUGUAUUUUUUGGACUGUGUAACUGCACCACCCCUGGACUUCUGUGUGGCUCAGGGUUCCAGAAGAGCAGGCAGGGCUCAGGCUAUGUCCUGAUGCCUGGAGCUGUGUGUCACCCAUGGAGGAAAACAAAGAGUUGUCCAAGGGGCAGUGCUGGGCUGUAACAGUACUGUUGCCUGGUCCCUACCCUGCCAGAGCACAAUGGCUCAGUUCCCCUCAAUUGCCCCAAAAAGCAACAGUGAACUUGUUCCUGGCAUGGGGUUGGUCCCAACAGCCCCAACUGCCCCAACAGCGUGUUGACUGUUCCCUGGGUGGCCUGUCCCAGCAGAGUGGGAGCAGAGGCAGGAAUUGGUGCUGGGUAGGAUCUGGGGCUGAGCCCUGGAGGGGGGCCAGGGAUGGAUGGGCAGCACCAGAGUGUCAGUGAUUCACAUCACAAUAAUAAUAAUAUUAAA